CACAGAUUCCCCAUUUAUAAAAGCCUCAACACCUUUUCUUCCCUCUUCAUUCAACAACCCACAUUUUUUAGUGGAGCCAUUAGCAAUUAGUACUUUGCAUCAUUCUUCUCUGAUCUGAUUCCCAACCAUGACCACCACACAUUUCUUCUUCAUCAUCACCACUCUUCUCCUCUCAUGCCACACCCUCACCGGAGCCAGCGAUUUCGUUCGCCCCAUCGACCGGAGCCUCCUCGGCCUAAACAAAGAAGAGAAGGUUUCCCACUUCAAAUUCUAUUGGCAUGACAUCCUUAGUGGCCAAAACCCAACUUCAGUUUCGGUUGUUACACCACCCAUGACCAAGAUCAACACCACCACCGCAUUUGGGUUGGUCAGAAUGAUCGACAACCCUUUGACCCUAGGUCCUAAAUUGAACUCCAAGCUUGUUGGAAGGGCUCAGGGGUUUUACGCCUCCGCUUGUCAAACCGAAGUCGACCUUCUUAUGGCCAUGAACUUUGCUUUCAUUGAUGGAAAAUACAAUGGAAGUUCCAUCACCAUCUUGGGGAGGAACGCUGUGUUUAACAAGGUGAGGGAGAUGCCGGUAAUUGGUGGAAGUGGAUUGUUUAGAUUCGCCAGAGGCUAUGCCGAAGCAAGGACUCAUUGGCUAGAUCUUAAAUCUGGUGAUGCUACUGUUGAGUACAAUGUCUAUGUUAUGCAUUACUAAAUUCUGUUUUUUUGCUUGACUUAUUUUACAUAAUUUAUGUUUUUUUUUACUCUCAAAUAAUUUUGAAUUAUAGUAUGUAAUAAAUAGUAAAGAUCUAAACAUAGAUAUCUUAUAUUAAAUUUAUUAGAGGUUAUGUUAUCCCAGCAAUUGGUAACAUUUGUUUUCUUAUUUGUCAUGAUUUUGAGUCUAUAGGGUAGAAGACAAUUAAUUUCUUGUUGUAUGUGAAUGAUUAUUCUUACCUUUUUCAAGUGGUGGGGCUUUGUGUUUAUGAACCACCACCUUUGUUUUGUCCUUUUAUCUGUAUCUGUUUUGUUUAGUUAAACUGGAUCUUUGGUUGGUAUAA